GUUAAAUGUUUAUAUGAACAUGUAUAUUCACGCUUGAAGUUUACAUAUAUUAUAUCCGGAUAAAGGAUUAUCUAGUAUACAGUGACUGAAAAGCUUUUAUAACAAAAUUUAACAGUAACCUAUUUUAGAGAAAAUUCAUAAAUAUCAAGGAAGUAAUUUGUGACUUAAAAAAACUUAACAGUGACCUAUAUUUUUGUUGCAAUGGCUCUAGAUCCAGUAACCACACGUCAUAAACUAUUGCUUACAACGAUAUCCGAUGAACUUGGCAGUCAGGGAGACGAAUACGACAGUUUCGUUGAACAUUUUAAAGGAUAUGUACCGCGCGGCUUGCUUCAGUCAAAGAAAACUUUACUAGCCAAGUUCGAUGCUUUAGCAUCUAAAGGACAUUUAGGACCAGGAAAGUAUGAUGUUCUGAAAAAGAUUUGCGAAAACAGUGGUAAUAUUGACAUACUAGAGUUGGUACAAAAGGCAGAAGCAGACAUAAACGAAAUCUUAAAUACAGGGACAGAAAGAAACAGCCGUCAGACCACCACAGACACAGGUCAGCCAGCUUUAAGGCAAGCUCCACUUCAAUCACCUCCAGUGCAGGAGACUGUAAAUGGUACCGCAGGGCCGUCUGCUAAAAAAGCACGAAAAGAGGUAGAUAGCUCAGAUCCGCUAUAUUACAUGGACCGCGAAGAACAUGGUUACUAUGACAACUCAGGGAAAACUGGCAUCCUCCUCAUUCUUAACUCGUAUGAAGAUAGAAAAGGCACAGAACAUGAUGUAGAAAAACUGAAAGGCUUCUUUGGCGGUAAAGGGUUACGUUUCGAAGUGUUCGAUCCUAGAGAAAACGCAACACAAGAUUUAACUACAGAAGAAGUGGAUGAAGUUCUACGCGACGUACGAUCAAGACUGAAUGGUCCCCUUGCAACACAUUAUUACUGCUUUAUUUGUGUAAUAAUGAGCCAUGGAAAUGAGGAUGGUAUAAAGACGAAGAAUGGCAUUAUAUCAGUUGAGAAUAUCCGUCAAUUUUACAACAACAAAAAUAUGCCUAAAUUUGCAGGUAGACCUAAAGUUUUCUUCAUCCAGGCAUGUAGAGGAUCUGCGCAACAGGAUUCACAAGAAAUAGAUGAUGCAGAUGAUGAGAAAAGACCAGAAGCUGGACAGAACGAUACCGAAGAUGAAUCCGAUGAAAUUAUUCACGUCCCAACUGAUGCUGACACAUUACUGGCUUAUGCAACAACAUUGGGCUACAAAUCGUUUCGAAGACGUGGCAUUGGUUCCUGGUUUAUCACAGAAUGUAUAAACGUGUUUGAAAAGUACCAUAAGAAGGAUCAUUUGGAGGACAUGCUCAUCACAGUGCGAGAGAACGUGGCAUUGCGCUGGACAAAAGACGAUGGGGCAAAGCAGAUGCCUUGUGUUUGGAGUACAUUGACAAAACGACUCAAGUUAACGGAAAAUAACACAUCGUAGUUCUGUAUAAUAGACUGAGCCUAUAUGAUGCUGCAUAAAAAUGUAUGACCAUUGUUUGGAAGACAGGUCCUUUUUAAACUAGUUCAAUAUAUAAGGAAUAACUUUACUCUUUUUACUAUUUUCUGUACUAGUGUGAUAUUAACUGGUGAUUUUAAUUAAUUCAAUUCAUUCAUUUCUCGUAGGAGAUAUUACAUGAUAAGCUGAGGAAUAACAUACAGUGUUAUAAUAAAUGAGGCGGCAAACAUACAUAUUAACAUAAUCGUGCUCGUAAUGUGUAAGCUGUGGCACAUUAUGGCUCAAUAGCAGUGGAUUGUUGAAUUGAAAAUCCCGCAAACAAGUGCUUGUAUCCGUGCGGGGAAAAUGAUAUUACAUAUUUAUACACAGAACUACAUGUUAGUUUUUAGACUAGGUCGUCUCUAAAGAACUAAGAAAUUCGAUUCAAACAUUCAUUAAUUUUACAAUAAUUCUUAUUCGCGGGAAUCCUUAUUUCUAUAGUCAUUGGAAAUAUCCAGUUGAAUAUAAUAAGUAUAAAAUACAUCUCACUUUAUUCAGUAAAUAGAUCGGGCAACAAUACGAAAAUGCCACUUAAUUGCCUCUUCUAGGAGAGAACAAAAGAUGUUCUGUUCUGUUCUGUUUGUAAUUAUACCAUGUUGUAGCCUAGAUUUUAUUGCAGUGACCGUUGCUUGUAGGUUUCAAUUAUUAUAUAUGCACAGUUUUAGUUGUAUCGGUUUUAGUUUUAUGGCGGAUAUGAGUGUUAUGUGUAUGUUUGAUUUUGAUGACCAGCAUAAUGUUAUAGUACACACAGUAUCAUUUAGAAUGUGUAAUCGACGUUUAGUUUUAUUCACCUUUAUGGAAUUUCAUAGAUUUGUCUGAUUUAUUUCCUAUGGUAAAUGGUGUCAUUUUUCCCAACACACGAUGGGUGAAAGUGGAAGGGAUCUCAGUGCGCAAUAAAGCAUUCCGCUUUCACCACUCGGUGUUCUCUAGAGCUUACUAUUAUUCACAACAAGUGCAUAUAUCAGUAUUUAUUUUGAGAGUUGAUCUCUUAUUUGACUUAUGAAGUAGUCUUUUAGAACGUAACAGCUCAAUGAAGUGCAUUCUGUUUGUUAUAUCUGUUACAUAUUUAAGUUUGUUAGCCCACCAUCAUCAGAUGGUGGGCUAUUCAAAUCACUCUGCGUCCGUGGUCCGUCGUCCUUCCGUCAGUCCUUCCGUCCGUUAACAAUUUCUCGUUAUCACGUCUCCUCAGAAACUACCAGGGGGAUUUUGACCAAACUUUGUCAGAAUGAUGUAUUGGUAUCCUAGUUUUGUCCCUCUGAAAAUCAGACUGGUUCAACAAUUUUUUAGUGAGUUAUGGCCCUUUGUUUAUUUCUAUAAUUUACAUAGAUUUAUAUAGGGAAAAACUUUGAAAAUCUUCUUGUCCAAAACCACAGAGCCUAGGGCUUUGAUAUUUGGUAUGAAGCAUCAUCUAGUGGUCCUCUACCAAGAUUAUUCAGAUUAUUUCCCUGGGGUCUAAUAUGGCCCCGCCCCAGUGGUCACAUGGUUUAUAUAGACUUAUAUAGGGAAAAACUUUGAAAAACCUCUUGUUCAAAACCACAGGGCCUAGGGUUUUGAUAUUUUGUAUGUGACAUCAUCUAGUGGUCUUCUACUAAGAUUGUUUAAAUUAUCCCCCUAGGGUCAAAUAUGGCUCCGCCCUGGGGGUCACAUCGUUUACAUAGACUUAUAUAGGGAAAAACUUUGAAAAUCUUCUUGUCCAAACCACAAAGCCUAGGGCUUUGGCAUUUGUAAUGUAGCAUCAUCUAGUGGCUCUCUACCAAGUUUGUUCAAAUUAUCCCCCUAGGGUCAAAUAUGGCCCCGCCCUGGGGGUCACAUGGUUCAUAAAGACUUUUAUAGGGAAAAGCUUUUAAAAUCUUCUUGUCAAUAACCUACAACAUUCAAAUUUGGACCACAUGUAUGAUUUUGAGUGGCAAGAUGAACCUUAACAUGAGUUGACCUUGAUUUUGACCUAGUGACCUACUUUCACAUUUCUGUAGCUACAUCCUUCAAAUUUGGAUCACAUGCAUAGUUUUAUGCACUGAAAAAAACUUUGACCUUGACAUUGACCUAGUGACCUACUUUCACAUUUUUGAAGGUAUAGGCUUCAAAUUUGGACCACAUGCAUAGUUUCUUGUUCUGAAAUGAAAUAUGAGCUUGAUUUUGACCUAGUGACCUACUUUCACAUUUUUCAAGCUACAGCCUUCAAAUUUGGACCACAUGCACAGUUUUGUGUACCAAAACAAACUUUGACCUUUACAUUGACCUAGUGACCUACUUUCACAUUUUUGAAGGUACAGGCUUCAAAUUUGGACCACACGCAUAGUUCUGUGUUUCGAAAUAAAAUUUGACCUUGAUCAACCUAGUGACCUACUUUCACAUUUCUCAAGCUACAGCCUUCAAAUUUGGACCACUUGUAUAGUUUUGUGUACCGAAAUGAACUUUGACCUUAAGAUUGACCUAGUGACCUACUUUCACAUUUCUAUAGCUACAGGCUUCAAAUUUAGACCACUUGCAUAGGAUUGUGUACCGAAACAAACUUUGACCUUGACAUUGACCUAGUGACCUACUUUCACAUUUUUGAAGGUACAGGCUUUAAAUUUGGACCACAUGCAUAGAUUUGUGUUCUUAAGUGUAAUUUGACCUUGAUUUUGACCUAGUGACCUAUUUCAACAUUUCUCAAGCUAAGCCUUCAAAUUUGGACCACUUGCAUAGUUUUGUGUACCGAAAUGAACUUUGACCUUAAGAUUGACCUAGUGACCUACUUUCAAAUUUCUCAAACUACAGCCUUCAAACUUGAUGCACAUGCAUAGUUUUGUGUAUAAAGAACUUUGUCCUUGAAAUUGAUCUAGUGACCUACUUUCACAUUUCUGAAGCUACAGCUUUUGAAUUUGGACCACAUGCACAGUGUUGUGUACGGAAAUGAAAUUCGACCUUGAGCUAGUCAGUAAGUCUUGAAAUUUGGAACACUCAAAAAUGGCACAUUGGUGGGCGCCAAGGUCACUCUGUGAUCUCUUGUUACAUCUUAUUACCAAUGUCUCAUGCUGUUAAUUUGUAUGUUUAAUAUAAUUGUUUAAAGGCAGCAACUAAACAAUAACCUUUGAUCUCGGGCGUGUUCUGUUUUACUUGGGGACACAAUAUUAAAACGUUAGUAAUUCAGUGUUUUUUUAUAUUCAACAAGACGAUUGCAUGCAUUUGUAUUUCACUGUCACCCGUAGAAUUAUAUUUCAUAGGAUGACAAGUCCGAAAUUUAUAUUUUGUCUUUUACUUAACUGUAAAUCAUUAUACCUCCGUACAGAGUAUUUCGAAAUAAAAUGCACACUCUAACAGAAAACAUAAAUCUUUGAUAUCUUAAAAGUUAACAUGUUUAUACAAUAGUGAUACAAUACUGACUUGCCUGUCUAGCAUAUUAAAAUUCAGUAUUAUAAUAACAGGACGAUAUAUAACUUUGUAUUGUAUCAAUUUGGUUCAAAUAAUCAAUUUUAUUUCAAAAUGAUAUGGAGGUAUAUAAAUUAUGACCUGCAGCUUUAUAUAACCUUUUAUUAGCUCGACUUUUCGAAGAAAAAGUAGAGCUAUUGUACUCGCCCCGUCGUCGGCGUCGCUGUUGGUUGAAGUUUUUGAUAAAGUUAAAUAUCUCUGUUACUAUCAAAGCUAUUGACUUGAAACUUAAAAUAGUUUUUUACUAUCAAAGUCUACACCAGGAGAAACAAUCCCCAUAACUCUGGUUUGAAUUUUGACAGAAUUAUGCCCCCUUUUAACUUAGAAGUUUUGGUUAAAGUUUUUGAUAAAGUCAAAUAUCUCUGUUACUAUCAAAAGCAAUUGACUUGAAACUUAAAAUACUUAUUUACCAUCAAAGUCUACACCAGGAGAAACAAUCCCCAUAACUCUGUUUGAAUUUUGACAGAAUUAUACCCCUUUUUAACUUUUUAAAAUUUAAAAUUUUUGAUAAAGUCAAAUAUCUCUGUUACUAUUAAAGCUUUUGACUUGAAACUCAAAGUAGUUAUUUACUAUCAAAAUUUUCACCAGGAGACACAAUUCCCAUAACUCUGAUUUGAAAUUUGACAGAAUGAUGCCCCUUUUUAACUUAGAAUUUUUGGUUAAAGUUUUUGAUAAAGUCAAAUAUCUCUGUUACUAUCAAAGCUUUUGACUUGAAACUUAAAAUACUUAAUUACCGUCAAAGUCUACACCAGAAGAAACAAUUCCCAUAACUCUGGUUUGAAUUUUGACAGAAUUAUGUGCCUUUUUAACUUAGAAUUUUUUGUUAAAAGUUUUGAUAAAGUCAAAUAUCUCUGUUACUGUUAAAGCUUUUGAAUUGAAACUCAAAGUAGUUAUUUACUAUCAAAGUCAACACCAGGAGACACAAUUCCCAUAACUCAGAUUUGAAUUUUGACAGAGUUAUGUCCCUUUUUAACUUGGAUUUUUUUUUACUGGCAAGGCUCUAAUUCAGAGUCAAGCACUGAGAAAAGUCGAGCGUGCUGUCUUUCGGACAGCUCUUGUGUUUUUAGUAAAUUCUAGUAAAAUUAGAUUUGUUUUACACUUUAGAUAGAUAGUAAACUGAAGAUAUAAGAAUAAAUAUUUAUUCUUUGA